AUGGAAAUCCUGAAACAAACAUCUAAUGGAAAACUUUACUUACCUGCCGACCCUGCUGUUGCGCAGUUGCGUCUAAAUGCCCAAAUGAAAUUUCAUGAACUGAACAAAUUGAGCCCAGAUCGCUCUGAAGAGAAAGAUCGUAUUCUUAGAGAAUUACUUGGCAGCUAUGGUGAUAAGAUAAGCAUCGAUCCACCCUUUUAUUGUGAUUAUGGGGUGAAUAUUCAUCUUGGAGAGAAUUUCUAUUCCAAUUACAACUUAGUCAUUCUUGAUUGUGCUGAAGUUCAUAUUGGGAAUAAUGUCAUGUUUGGGCCCAAUGUGAGUGUAUACACAGCUGGCCAUCCAAUUGGGCACAAAUCUCGUCUCACUGGGGAGGAAUAUGCAUUACCGAUCUCCAUAGGUGACAACGUGUGGGUUGGUGGUAACGCAGUAAUUCUACCAGGUGUGACAAUAGGUGAGAAUUCGGUUAUAGGAGCAGGCAGUAUUGUCGUAAAGAGUAUUCCUUCUGGAGUUAUCGCAGCAGGUAAUCCUUGUAAGGUGAUCAGGGAAGUUACUGAGGAAGAUGAGAAGACUACGCAAUUUCACGCAAAAAAGUGA